CCGGCCGUCCCUCCCCGUCGUCCUCGCCUUGCCCGUCGGGGGGCGGAGGCGGCCGGGCGCCGGAGCGAGGCGCCAGCUGCGGGGACACAGUGUGACCGCCCGGUCCCUGUCCCGGGUCCGCCGGCUGCCUUUCCCCCUCGGUCGCGGGGCCGGCCGCGAUUCCGGCCCCAGGAUGCAGAAUGUGAUUAACACGGUGAAGGGCAAGGCGCUGGAAGUGGCCGAGUACCUGACCCCUGUGCUCAAGGAAUCAAAGUUUAAAGAAACAGGAGCUAUCAACCCAGAAGAGUUUGUGGCCGCUGGAGAUCAUUUAGUCCACCACUGUCCAACAUGGCAAUGGGCUACAGGGGAAGAAUCCAAAGUGAAGGCCUACUUACCAAAAGGCAAACAAUUUUUGGUAACCAAAAAUGUGCCAUGUUAUAAGCGGUGCAAACAGAUGGAGUAUUCAGAUGAAUUGGAAGCUAUCAUUGAAGAAGAUGAUGGUGAUGGGGGAUGGGUAGAUACAUAUCACAACGCAGGUGUUGCAGGACUAACAGAAGCAGUAAAAGAGAUUUCACUGGAAAGCAAGGACAGUAUGAAACACCAAGAUUGCCCAGCGUUAUGUGAGGAAGAAGAAGAGGAGGAAGGGGAAGCUGCAGAUAUGGAAGAAUAUGAAGAAAGUGGAUUGUUGGAAACAGAUGAGGCUACCCUAGACACAAGGAAAAUCGUAGAAGCUUGUAAAGCUAAAAUUGAUAUUGGAGGUGAAGACGCUAUCUUGCAAACCAGAACGUAUGACCUUUACAUCACUUAUGACAAAUAUUAUCGGACACCAAGACUGUGGUUGUUUGGUUAUGAUGAGCAACGGCAACCCUUAACAGUUGAGCAUAUGUAUGAAGACAUCAGUCAAGAUCAUGUGAAGAAAACAGUAACCAUUGAAGAUCACCCUCACCUUCCACCACCGCCCAUGUGUUCAGUUCACCCGUGCAGACAUGCAGAAGUGAUGAAGAAAAUUAUUGAAACAGUUGCAGAAGGAGGGGGAGAACUUGGUGUUCAUAUGUAUCUUCUAAUAUUCUUGAAAUUUGUACAAGCUGUCAUUCCAACAAUAGAAUAUGACUACACAAGACACUUCACAAUGUAAUGAAGAGAGCAUAGAAUCUAUCCUAAUUAUUGGUUCUGAUUUUUAAAGAAUUAAUCCAUAGAUGUGACUAUUGACCAUAUUCAUCAGUAUACAGAAUUUCUCUAAUAAAGGGACUUAACAUGUUUAUGCAUUAAAUAAAAAAAAGUGUUCCACUACCAGCCUUAUUUGUUUAAUAAAAAUGAGUGCAAAUCC